AUUUUACUUUCUCUAUGUCUCAACCGUUAAUUAAGCAGCAGCUGAUGUUGACAACGUGGAAGUGACUGGUGAAUGUGAACUUUUGGACAACAAACGGAAAAACAUGAAUCUGUGAAUUAAACCGACCAAACUUAUAGAAAGCGACUGACCAGCAACAGGAUAUAGAGCAGCAAUGGCGCCUCCGCAGAAGGGCAAGCAGGCCACCAAAGGGGCCAAGCAGAUCCUAGAGGAAAACCUGGCCACUUUGAGCUUCUACCGAAACAUGGCGAUGAUAUCCAACGCACUGUCGCUGGCAAUUUUGGUGUUUUACAGCUCAACGAUUAGCAUACUGCUGUACCUGUUCUCCAUUGCUGUUUAUGUGGGCUCGUACCAGUUCAUGGCCUACAUGGCGAAGCCCAAAUACACAGAAAGCGGGCAACUGCUGGACAGCGGAACUGACUUGAACAUGGAGGGCGGCAUAGCUGAGAAUGUGAAGGAUGUGAUCAUUCUCACAGCCGGCUGUCAAGUGUUGGCGUCGUGUAUAUCCAACUACUUCUGGCUGCUGUGGCUGCUGGCGCCCGCACGUCUGGGCUGGAUCGCCUGGAAAAACCUGUUAGCGCCCUAUUUCUUCCCAGACGCGCCGCCGGAAAGUGCCCAAGUGGACGAUAAGAAACAGAAGAAAAUGGAACGGAAGCAAAAGCGAAUGGCCAAUAUGCGAUGAAGCGCCCAGUUAAAUAAACUUCCCCAUUUGUUACCUCAUUAAAAAACAGUUUUCCAGAA